GUCGUGCUCCCGUCACAGUCUCUUUUCCCGCACCCCGGGAUCACGUCCGUCCUGUGGCCGACUGGGAGGAGCCGAGCGGGACUGCUCGCUUCUAGCGUAGUCCCUGCAGUGGCGGCUCUCGGGCUUUGCUUUGGCCUUUAGUUUCUCUGUCAAUACCGUCUUCAUUUCGCUGCCACUGUUAACGUUGCCUUUCAGAGGUUGAAAAGCGACAAGUAAAACACCCAACGCCAUCAGCUUCUAGCUGAUUCCAAAUCUAAACGGAGACAAAAUGGAAGGUGGAAAAAGUAACUUUGCGUGCAGCCCUUCCUGUUCCGCCCAAGUUGGUCACAAUGGCAGGUGAAGAAAUGAAUGAAGAUUAUCCCGUAGAAAUUCACGAGUCUUUAACAGCCCUGGAGAGCUCCCUGGGUGCUGUGGACGACAUGCUGAAGACCAUGAUGGCUGUUUCUAGAAACGAGUUGUUGCAGAAGUUGGACCCAUUGGAACAAGCAAAGGUGGAUUUAGUUUCUGCAUACACCUUAAAUUCAAUGUUUUGGGUUUAUUUGGCAACUCAAGGAGUUAAUCCCAAAGAGCAUCCAGUGAAGCAGGAACUGGAAAGAAUCAGAGUCUACAUGAACAGAGUUAAAGAAAUAACAGACAAGAAGAAGGCUGCCAAGCUGGACAGAGGUGCUGCUUCGAGAUUUGUCAAGAACGCACUCUGGGAACCCAAAGCAAAAAGCACACCAAAAGUGGCUAAUAAAGGGAAAAGCAAACACUAAUCUUUUGGUUUUGAUGUACAUGUUUUCAAAAAGUACAUCCUUUUUAAUCAGUUUACAAUGUAGUUAUGUGACCAUGUGGUGUUUAAAUGGAUUCCUUUUGGAAUUCAUGUAUAAAUUUACACAUUACAUUUGUGAUACUGAAUCUUUUUUUUGCUGAGAAAGAUUAAGUUGUCUUUGUUGAUUUUCAUAUAAAGCAUCAUGAUGUGUUUAAUAUUGUAAGAUAUUCUAUAAGCAGUUGUGAAAUCCAAAUGUUCUCUGUAAACAUUUGUAGUGUUUGAAAUGAACAAUGAUAUUAUGAAGUGUGCUAUCUGUAGACUGGAGGUGUAAGGACAUUUGUUUUCAGUAAUGAUGAGAAAUACAGUGACUUAAAUACCCACUCUGUUUUCUGUUCAGUUAGUUCAACAUGUUUCUGUGAUUUUUUUUUUUUUGGAGUAAUUGCUGUCUUGAUAUUCAAAGUACAAAAUUGAAACCUUAAGGCUGUACUUUAAUUCUUCAUGUUCCAUUUAAAAUAAAAUGUUCUCAUUAACUCUGAUGGAAAACACGGUUGUAUGUCCUGACUGGCUUUGGCUUGAUUCCCUUUUAAUAAGUAUGGUAGCUGGGUAGCUCACAUGCUUCUUGCUGUCCACUGCGUGAGUGAACAAGCCCUCCAGAUGAGGCAGUGUGAGCAGCUCCACCAGGUAGAGAAGGCUGAUGAGUCAUGGCGGCUCUCUGUUCUCUUGGUCUCACUCUUAGAAUCUUUCUGACUAAGUAUUUCCUAAGCCAUGUGGAUGUUUUGAAAUAUCUUCUUUAUUAAAUACUGCCCCUUAGGCACAGGAGGAAUCAAAUUAUAUUUACAUUCUGAUUUAUUUUUCCAGGGUGUUCGUUAUGAUGAAUUCUACUUAUUAAUGUCUGAGCUCAUAUAACCUUGCUUCUCUAGGCCCACAUAGUCAUGUGUAGAAGUGCCAAGGAUAGCUAAGGUUUUUUUGUUGUUGUUCUUGAGAAUUAGAGUUGUAGAAAUUGUCUGUGACUAACUUUUAAUAUAUGAAUUUCUUUAUUAGGUAGCGGAUAGUGGAACUGGUCUGAAGUUAUGAUGGACUUUGUAAGGCAUGCUAAAAUCUGAUUCAUAAACAUUAAGUCAAUAGAUGCAGAAAGUCUCAGCUCUGAUAUCAGAUAGUUUGUGAUGUGAAAGAACAUUCAUGAGCAUUUGUAGUUAUUUCACUCUGGGCCAUUUUAAUUCUCUGAUAAUAGUGAAAGUAACUUCAUUAGAGAAAUAAGUGCUUUAUGAAGAUAACUGUAGAAUGCAUUUUUAAUGUUAUUCGCUGCAAAGAAACUUGGGUCUUGUAUUUCUCUUUUUAAAUUUCAUAAAGAAAAGAGCUUUUAAUGGAAAUUUUCACAAUUGCAGAAAAUAAUUAACCAAGGUAUUUGUGAACACCCAGCCUAUGUCCCACGGAAUUGGAUAUCUUUAACGAGUUCUCUCAGCAUGCGUUUGUAGAAAUAAAAUAUUUUAAGUCUGUUCUAUUUUAUUAUAGAGUUUGAAAUAAUUAUUACAACAUACCAAGGAGCUGUGACAGUUUAUUAGGUUAUCUGUGUAUCACAGGCCAACACACUGUGCUCAAGUCUAGGUUUGAGAGAUGAUGUCUGUAGCCCUUGCGUUGUUUUUCUGAAGCGUUAUGGAACAGUAGUCUUGAUUCAAUUCAGUAUUUCAGAGUUUCCAGAAAUCAUAGGAAGUUACCCUCACUGGCCUUAGCCAGAACUAUACAAGGUGGAGGGUUCACUUAUUAAGUGUAGAGUAGUUAUUGGUAACAGUUUAUUCCGAGUAAUGCUGUUCUGAAAGGGACGGUGUUAGUUGCAUGUUUUAUUAAUCUUCUUGGGAAUCAACAUAAUUGGAGGAAUCGCAGACAUGUAGACAUUGAUCUAAAUGAAAUCUUUAAUAUUUUAAUUUAAAAAUUCUUGUUCAAAGAUACAGAGUGGGAAGUAGAAUAUGUUAAAUAAAGUUUUAAAGAUUAAAACAUGUAGAUGGGUUUUUAAGAAACUGAAGUAUAAAAAUCUACUUAAGUUACUAAAGUGGACACACUACAACUUUUAAAAUUGUUUAGAAACAUGAGUACUUAAAAACAGUGUACUGAAGGUAGACACUUUUUUCUUAAGUAGGUUAUUGAAAAAAAUACUUUUGGAUUGAUCAUUUAUGAUUCUGUUAUAUUAAAUUUAAACCAACAAAUUCCAAGAGCUUGUUGGGACUUUGUUAAACAACAGGAAGCAAAAGAGGCACUGGCCCUCACAGCAGAGUGACUAAGCUUGCCCAGAUGGUCCCAGUGGUGUCCAGGGUCCAGAUGUUUCAGUGGCUUGACUCAUGAGCUUGACGGUGUCCAGAUGUUUCAGUGCCUCUUCCUAGCUUGUGUGAAUAUGCAGUGGAUAUACUUUAUUAAAUGUGAAUAUUUCUCUUUCCUUACAUUCUAAAUCUAAGACUUGAGUUUUGGAACUAUAAACCAUAAGUUGUUUAGU